AUGGAUGAUGUAUACAUCGUUGUGGAUGUGCACUUCCAAGGAAUCUUCGCGAAAUACCCCAUACGGUACACCGAUGGGGUUACUCAGAGGCUGGUCGACAUCGACUUCACAGGCAUGGACAAGGAUAAGUGUUAUGCGUUCAUGGCAAGGUUAAGUGCAGAAAUGCGUGAGAAGCUCUACUACUGCCAACUUGAUAUAGAUUUCCCAAAAAGGGGAGAUGAGGAUGAGGUUGAGGUUAAGGACGAGGAUGAGGAUGACAAUAGAAGGCCUCAUUUUAUCAAAGAGGAUAAGGGUACACAAUCGGACAUGGGUGCCAACCCAUGUGUCGUUGAGCCUGUUGAUGAAGAUAUGGAUGACAAUAAAGAUGUUGAUCCUGACUUACCAAACAUUUUCAAUGAACAUCUACACUGGAAGGGGCAGGUACCAGUGUUAGGUAUGAGGUUUUGA